CGUUUAAGUUGAUAAACAGAGAACGAAAUGCCCUUAAAUGUAAGUAAAUAUUACGUAUAUAGCAGUACCAGAUUCGUUCAUCUCCUCUUCCGUUGAGAGUGAUUCAGUGGCGGAAAUGAAACAACAGCUAGCUUAGCAGCAGUCACAGAGCUUUAGCUGUCCCCAAGCACGGUAGAUUUUGGGUUUAACAGAGAUGAGCAGAAUUUAUAAUAACUCGAAUAAAUUAUAUUCGGGAUUUAAUAAAAUGCUAAAGAGAAGAUACAUGUCAAGUGAAACAAGUGAUACAACGAAAACAAUAUGUAAAAUUAUGAUGUCUUCGUCGGUAGUCACACUUGAUACUGCUCUUGAUCAAAGUGGGGUUAGGGUUUCAGAACAGAUAGUGGAGGAUGUCCUUAAGAAGUUUGAAAAUGCUGGGAUGGUGGCUUAUCGAUUCUUCGAAUGGGCCGAGAAACAACGGCAUUAUAACCAUAGUGUUAAGGCUUUCCAUACUGUGAUUGAUUCUCUAGCUAAGAUAAGGCAGUAUCAGCUAAUGUGGGAUGUUGUGAAGGUUAUGAAGAGUAAGAGAAUGGUAAAUGUUGAGACCUUUUGUAUUAUUAUGAGAAAGUAUGCUAGAGCUCAGAAGGUGGAGGAGGCUGUUUACACGUUUAAUAUCAUGGAUAAGUAUGAUGUGCCUCCAAAUUUAGCGGCGUUUAAUGGGUUGCUUAGUGCUUUAUGUAAGUCUAAGAAUGUGAGGAAGGCUCAAGAGAUCUUUGACAGUAUCAAGGACCGGUUUGUUCCGGACUCAAAAACUUAUAGUAUAUUGCUUGAAGGAUGGGGAAAGGAUCCAAAUCUGCCUAAAGCAAGGGAGAUUUUCAGAGAAAUGGUCAGCAAUGGUUGUAGACCUGAUAUCGUGACUUAUGGUAUCAUGGUAGAUGUGCUUUGCAAGGCUGGGAGGGUUGAUGAAGCCCUUGGAAUUGUCAAUGAAAUGGACUCUACAGUUUGCAAGCCAACUCCUUUCAUUUAUAGUGUUCUGGUUCAUACAUACGGAAUAGAGAAUCGGAUUGAGGAUGCUGUCAGCACCUUCCUAGAGAUGGAAAAUAAUGGAAUCGAGCCUGAUGUUGCAGUUUAUAAUGCUUUGAUCGGUGCUUUUUGUAAAGCAAACAGGCUUAAAAACGUCUACAGAGUCUUAAAUGAGAUGGAUUGCAAGGGUGUGACGCCCAAUUCAAGGACCUUCAACAUCAUUCUGAGCAGUUUGAUUGGCCGUGGAGAGACUGAUGAGGCUUAUAGGGUAUUUCUCAGGAUGAUCAAGGUAUGCGAGCCAGAUGCAGAUACAUAUACUAUGAUGAUAAAAAUGUUUUGUGAGAGGGAUGAGCUAAAAAAGGCACUUAAAGUGUGGAAGUACAUGAAGUUGAAGCGGUUUAUGCCAAGCAUGCACACUUUUCAAGUUCUUAUAAAUGGACUCUGCGAGAAGGGUGAUGUCACUCAGGCUUGUGUCUUAUUGGAAGAGAUGAUAGAAAAGGGAAUUAGGCCUUCGGGUGUGACAUUUGGGAGGUUAAGACAAUUGCUUAUAAAAGAAGGAAGAGAAGAUGUACUAAAAUUUCUUCAGAAGAAAAUAAAUGUCCUCGUCAAUGACCCUUUAUGGGAGUGGUGAACCAUUUCGGAUGAGCUUAAAUCUGUUUGUUAUGUUUAUCCAUCAACAAUGAGAUUCAGAGUUGCAAUGCCUGUAUACUGCCUGGUAUCAAAUGCAUAGAGCCAAAGAAGGAAACUGGUGAAAUGAAGCAGGUGAGUCAAAAAGUUAUACUCUGAUCUUCAGUCAGGGAACAUGCUGCUGCUUGAAGUUUUGCGAGGAAAGCUCUUAUGCUGCUGUUUGGAGUGGCAGAAAUCACGCUCAACCCUCGGCCAUGACAGCUAUCAGGAACACAAUAUGAGAUGUUAAUUUUUCCUUGAUAGAGCGAAGGUAUAUUGCAACAAGUAAUGUAGAACGCACGCAUGAGGUUGGAAAAAAGAAGCAUUUCCCCAGUACUUAUUUUCUCCCAUGAGGGAAAAAGGAAAGGGAUCAAUAAAUGAAACCACAUUCUGUUUUGAUAUAGAAAAAAGAAAUGUUUUAAUUA